AUGGCGCGAGAUCCUCGUGGUGGGGGUAGUGAGGAGGAUGAUAUUGACCACAAAAGUGUGAAACAUUUAUUGGAUAGCAUAGGGAAAAUAGUGCACGACCAAGUGAAAAAUGGUGCUGAUGGUACUGCUAAAAAAUAUAUUAAGGAAUUGAAAGGAGAUUUGUCAAAAGCAACAUUUUCUAGUGAGGAAACAGCUAGCAGUAUUGAAACAUGCUACCUCGUAAAAGAAUAUUAUAAUAACCAUGUUAAUGGUGGUGAUGUUAGCGGUGAAAGGAAUCCGUGCAGAAAAGAAGAUGUAAAGCGCUUUUCCGACAAAGAAGGAGCAGAAUGUACGAAUAAUAAAAUAAAUUGUAAUAAAGGUGGUUGCGGAGCCUGUGCUCCAUAUAGAAGAUUGCACGUAUGCGACAAAAAUAUGGAAAAAAUGGGCAGAACGUCGAUGACGACGCAUAAGUUGUUGGCAGAAGUGUGUUAUGCAGCAAAAUAUGAAGGGGCAUCAAUAACACUUCAUUAUCCACAAUAUCAAGAAAAAUAUGAUGAUUCUCCUUCUGAAAUGUGUACUAUGUUGGCACGUAGUUUUGCAGAUAUAGGAGAUAUUGUCAGAGGAAAAGAUCUUUUUAUAGGUUAUAAUCAAAAAGAUCGAAAAGAAAAAGAACAAUUACAAAAUAAAUUGAAAUAUAUUUUCAAGAAAAUACAUGAAAAAUUGGAUUCAGAAGCACAAACUCGCUACAAUGAUGCAACUGGAAAUUUUUAUCAAUUAAGAGAAGAUUGGUGGACUGCGAAUCGCGCCACAAUCUGGGAAGCCAUGACAUGUAGCGAGGACCUAAAAAAUUCUUCAUAUUUUCGACAAACAUGUAGUGACGAACGAGGUGGAGCCCAAGCUAAUGACAAAUGCCGAUGUCCCAAUGGUAACAACCAGGUCCCCACAUAUUUUGAUUAUGUGCCGCAGUAUCUUCGCUGGUUCGAGGAAUGGGCCGAAGACUUUUGUAGAAAAAAGAAAAAAUAUGUUGAUAUAGUUAAAAAAUUUUGCCGCGAGGGAGAAAAUGGUAAAGAAAAAUAUUGUAGUUUGAAUGGAUACGAUUGCACGAAAACUAAACUAGCAGUUGGUAAGUACCGUAUGGGUAAUCAAUGUACAAAAUGUUUUUUUGCAUGUUAUCCUUAUGAAAAUUGGAUAGAAAAACAAAAAGAACAAUUUGACAAACAAAAAAAAAUAUAUGAUAAAGAAAUAAAAAUAUAUACAGAGGGAGCACCACGUAGUAGUAGUAGGAAAAAACGGGAUGCAGGUGGUACAACUAAUUAUGAUGGAUAUAUUAAAAAAUUUUAUGGCGAACUUAAAAAUCAUGGAUAUGGUGACGUUAAUAAUUUUUUGGAAAAAUUAAGUGAUGAAGAUGUAUGCAAAAAAGUUCAAGACACACAAGGAGGAAAAAUUAAUUUCAAAAACGUUAAAAGUAGUAGUGCUAGUGUUCCUGGUGGUGGUAACGAUGUUGUUGCUGCUAGUGGUGAUCGUGGUAAGGGUGCUAGUGCCGAUAGUAAUAGUAAUAAAACAUUUUAUCGAUCGGAAUAUUGCCAACCCUGUCCUUAUUGUGGAAUGAAAAAGAAAAGUGAUGGUAGUGGUGGAUGGGAAAAAAGAAGUGAAACUGAUAAUUGCACGCGUGGAAAUCUUUAUAAGCCUAAAGGUGACGCAGAAGCUACUCCUAUUAAAAUCCUUAAAAGUGGUAAAGGACAUAAAGAUAUUGAAAAAAAAUUAAACGAAUUUUGCCAAGAACAAAAUCGUAGUGAUGGUAGUAGUAGUGGUGGUGGUGGAAAAAAUAGUAAUAAUCAGGAACUGUAUGAAGAAUGGAAAUGUUAUAACGAUGUAGAGAAAGAUGGUCAGGAUGGUGUGGAUGACGAUGACGAGGAAGAUGUACAGAAGGUAAAAAAUGCAGGCGGAUUAUGUAUAUUGCAAAAGACGAACGGCAAAGAAAAUGUGAACAAACAAAAGACAUUCUAUGAUUUUUUUUACUAUUGGGUUGCACAUAUGUUAAAAGAUUCCAUACAUUGGAGAACAAGAAGGCUUCGUAAGUGUAUAAAUGAUGGUACGACAAUGAAAUGUAUAAAUGGAUGCCAUGGUAAAUGCGACUGUUUCCAAAAAUGGAUUGAACAAAAAAAAAAAGACGAAUGGAAGCCAAUAAAAGACCAUUUUUACAAGCAAGAAGGUUUUGGAGAGCAAGGAAGUGAAAAAUUACCACAUUAUAUGGUUCUUGAAAUUGUUUUGGAAGAAGAAUUUUUGAAAGAAGUUUCCGAAGAUGAAUCCGAAAAUAAUUCCGAAAAUCCUCAUGAGGAUGCACAAGAAACAAAACGUAUUAAGGACAUGUUCGAAAAAAAAAAAAAAAAAAAUAAUGAUGAGGUUGCUUCCAAUGAGGAAACAAUAAUUGAUUUCAUGCUCGAAGAGGAAUUAAAAGACGCCAAACAAUGCAUAGAAAAACACACAUGUCCACCACAAGAAGGCCUCGCCCGCUCCGCCACUGACCCACAACCACGUUCUGAGGAAAAGGAAGAAGAAGAGGAAGAUGAUGACGAAGACGACGAAGAUGGCGACGAAGUCGAGGAGGAGGAACCACACACGGAAGACACCACAGAAGGGUCGGCAACAGAAGAGAAGGAGGCACCAAAAGUGGUGGAACCGGCGGUAAAAAAAGAGGAAGUAAAUGUGUGCAGUAUAGUGGGUGGAAUACUUACUGGCAGUGGAAAUUUGAAUGAUGCCUGCUCACAAAAAUAUGGUUACCCACAACGACAUUGGGGGUGGAAAUGCAUACCAAGUGGUGACAAUACUACCACACGUGAGGGUAGUGGUGAAGCCACUAAAUCUGGUGCCACCACUGGUAGUGGUAAAGACGGAGCCACCGGUGGUAGUAUUUGUGUGCCACCCAGGAGGCGACGAUUAUAUGUCACACCACUAACGAGAUUGGCAGGUGGUGACGGUAACACACAGGCGGGUGAGACAACACAAGGUAACGGCGCGUCGACAGAGACGCCCGAGGCAUCUCUCCGUCGUGCCUUCGUGGAGUCCGCCGCGGUAGAAACUUUUUUCUUAUGGCAUAAGUAUAAAACGGUUAAACAAAAGGAAUUGGACGAAAAGAAAAAACAACAACAAGAAAAUGUAUUAUCACAACUCAGCGGUGAUACUAUCAGUGGUGAACAAAACCCCCAAUCCAAAUUAGAGAAAGGUGAAAUCCCUGAUGAUUUUAAACGUCUAAUGUUUUAUACUUUAGGAGAUUAUAGAGAUAUAGUAGUACGUGGUGUUGCUGACGACAAAAACGGUGGCAACAACAUAAUACUUAAUGCGAGUGGUAACAAGCAGGAUAUGGACAAAAUACAAAAGAAAAUAGAUAAAAUUCUCAAACAAAGUGCUUCCAAACCUGGCCAAGAACCUAAUAGUAAACGUGAAGAGUUUUGGACAACACAUGGACCAGAUAUCUGGAAAGGUAUGGUAUGUGCUUUAACCUAUAAAGAAAGUAAAAACGGCGACAAAACAAUAGUAAAGGAUGGUGCAGUGUACGACAAGUUUUUCGGAGAAAACAACAACGACAACCCUGGCAGCAAACCCAAAACUAACGGCACAUACCAAGAGAACUACGACUACAACAUCGUCACACUUAAAGAAGAUGAAAGUGGUGGUGGUCCCAAACCCGCUGGUGUCAAUGAGGCCCCCCCCAAAUUGAGUGAUUUCGUGUUACGCCCCACCUACUUCCGAUACCUUGAAGAAUGGGGAGAAACCUUCUGUUCCGAGAGGAUGAAGAGGUUGAAACAAAUUUAUGAAGAUUGUAAGGUAGGUGAAAAUGGUGAUCGUCGUCGUGAUGGUAAAAAAAACCCUAAAUGUAGUUGUUAUGGGGAAGAUUGUGAAGAAAUUUUUAGUAAGAAAUAUGAUACUGUUAGCAGUUUAGAAUGUCCAAACUGUGCCAAAUAUUGUAGAUUUUAUAAAAGGUGGAUUGAUAGAAAAAGAAAAGAAUAUGAUAAACAAGAAAAAAUAUAUGUACAACAAAAAAGUAAUUACGAAAAUGAAAGUAAUAACCAUGAUAAAGGAUUUUGUACAAAACUGAAAGAAAAUUACACUGACGCUGCGAAAUUUUUAGAAAGGUUAAAAGACGGACCAUGUAAAAAUGAUAGUGAGGAGGGUAAAAAAGGAAGGGAUAAAUUAGAUUUUAAUGAACCAGAUGAAACAUUUAAAGAUGCAGAUAAUUGUAAACCAUGUUCUGAAUUUAAAAUAAAUUGUAAAAAUGGUAAAUGUAGUGAUGAGGAAAAAAGGAAGUGCAAUGGAACAACCGUUAUUACUAAAGAUAAUAUUGAAAAAAUGAAGGAUUCUAAUGGAAACGUAGAUAUGCUUGUCAUUGAUAAGAGUGGAAAUGGAUCUCAAAAUGAUUUAAAGGAUUGUGAAGGUAAAGGUAUCUUUACAGGUAUUAGAAAAGAACAAUGGAAAUGUCGUAAUGUAUGUGGUUAUAUUGUAUGUGGUCUUAAAGGUGAUAAUGGGCAAAAAGUUAAUGAAAAACACAUUAUACAAAUUAGAGCUUUGGUUACACAUUGGGUACAAUAUUUUUUAGAAGAUUAUAAUAGAAUUAAACAAAAAAUUUCACAUUGUAUAAAAAAUAGUGAUGGAUCCAAAUGUGAAAAUAAAUGUAAUGAUAAAUGUAAUUGUGCAUCUAAAUGGAUAGAUGAAAAAAGUACCGAAUGGACAAAUCUAAAAAACCUUUACCUUCAACAAUAUGGUGGUAAUGAUUCAGGGGAAUCUUACCCAGUGAAAACUAUUUUGCAGGAAUUGCAACCUAAAACUGAACUUAACAAAGCUAUAAAACCUUGUGGUGAUUUACAUCAGUUUGAAGAGUCAAGACAUUGUAAUGGAGCUGCGAGCUCAGAAAAUGGAAAACCUCAAAAAAAAGAUAUCGUAGAAUGUUUGCUUGAUAGACUUAAAAAAAAAGCAACAUCUUGUCCCGCGCCAACUAGUGGCGAAAACCCAACACAGUGUCAAGAACCCCCCCUCGUUGAAGAUAACGAUGAAGCCAUUGAAGAGGAAAACUCAGUAACACAACCGAACAUUUGUCCGCCACAAACACCACCAAAACAAGAGGAAAAAGACACUUGUGAACCAGCAGCGGAAGAAACGGAACCAGCAGAAGAAAAAUCUAGUGAAGAACCCGACAAACAAAAACCUGACCAAGACAAAUCAGCGGACACCCCAGCACGGGCCCCUGCGGCGCCUCCAUCAACACCAGGACCACAACCACUCCCAAGUGAUAAUACCAGCGAUAUAUUAAAAACUACUAUCCCGUUUGGUAUUGCAUUGGCCUUGACUUCGAUUGCGCUUUUAUUUUUGAAGAAAAAAACUAAACACCCUGUCGACCUUUUCAGUGUUAUUAAUAUACCCAAAAGUGAUUAUGAUAUACCGACAAAACUUUCACCCAAUAGAUAUAUACCUUAUACUAGUGGUAAAUACAGAGGCAAACGGUACAUUUACCUUGAAGGAGAUAGUGGAACAGAUAGUGGUUACACCGAUCAUUAUAGUGAUAUUACUUCAUCUUCCGAAAGUGAAUAUGAAGAAUUAGAUAUUAAUGAUAUAUAUGUUCCUGGUAGUCCUAAAUAUAAAACAUUGAUUGAAGUGGUACUAGAACCUAGUGGUAACAACACAACAGCUAGUGGUAAAAACACACCUAGUGAUACACAAAAUGAUAUACAAAAUGAUGGUAUACCUAGUAGUAAAAUUACAGAUAAUGAGUGGAAUACAUUGAAAGAUGAUUUUAUAUCUAAUAUGUUACAAAAUGAACCAAAUACAGAACCAAAUAUUUUACAUGAUAAUUUGGAUAAUAAUACCAAUACUACCAUGUCACGUGAUAAUAUGGAAGAAAAACCUUUUAUUACAUCUAUACAUGAUAGGGAUUUAUAUACUGGGGAAGAAAUUAGUUAUAAUAUUAAUAUGAGUACUAAUAGUAUGGAUGACACAAAAUAUGUAUCAAAUAAUGUAUAUUCUGGUAUAGAUUUAAUUAAUGACACAUUAAGUGGUAACGCACAUAUUGAUAUAUAUGAUGAAGUGCUAAAAAGAAAAGAAAAUGAAUUAUUUGGUACAAAUCAUGUGAAACAAACAAGUAUACAUAGUGUUGCCAAACUAACAAAUAGUGACCCCAUCCACAACCAACUGGAACUAUUCCAUACAUGGUUAGAUAGACAUAGAGAUAUGUGCGAACAGUGGAGUAAUAAAGAGGAACUAUUAGAUAAAUUAAAAGAAGAGUGGGAAAAUGAGACACAUAGUGGUAACACUCACCCUAGUGAUAGUAACAAAACGUUGAAUACUGAUGUUUCUAUUCAGAUAGAUAUGGAUCAUGAAAAACGAAUGAAGGAAUUUACUAAUAUGGAUACUAUCUUGGAGGAUCUGGAAAAAUAUAAUGAACCUUAUUAUGAUGUGCAAGAUGAUAUUUAUUAUGAUGUAAAUGAUCAUGAUGCAUCAACUGUGGAUAGUAAUGCUAUGGAUGUACCUAGUAAAGUACAAAUUGAAAUGGAUGUAAAUACUAAAUUGGUGAAAGAGAAAUAUCCUAUAGCAGAUGUGUGGGAUAUAUAA